UGUCACACACUGCCAGAAAUCAUGUCAGAACCUGCAUUUCACCCCGUGGAAUAUGGUUUAUUGGAAUCCUUUGUUAAUAACUCCACAUUCCUAUAGAUGACUAGUAGGCCUACAUUGGUGGCAGGUCAAACGGCAGCAAUAAUAUUCUGAGAUGCCUCUCAGUUCUACUCUGCACUUACUUUUCAUCCAAUUUAAGAGAAUGAUACAACAUUCAAUGCGGUGCUUUUGCCCUUGAGUGGCAGAGGUGACCUCAGCAUCUCACAUCACAGUUUGUGCUCCCCUGAGCCCGCACGCUGAUUGAAGUGUUCUGGUUGCCAUGACUACUGAGAACCUGCGAAGGACCAAUGCGCGGCGCUGCUCUCCAUCUCACACAUGAGCGCGCAGACUCUAUAGGCUGUGCUAUAAAAUACUCCUCUUCCCUGAGAAACAAGCGACGAUUGGAUUAUGUCUGGAUAAAGUCUCUAUUAAGGACUAGCCCCUCGCGUUCGUGACGUGCUCAUAAGCGCUCUCGCGCGCAAGCGUCGCGUCGUUUAGAGUAUGCAAAACGAAUGUGAUCUUGCAUACCCAUCUACUCCUCCUCCUCCUCUUCCCGGAGCCGACACCGAGAGGUGUUUCGUCAUGUGUAAAGAGACAGUUUUACCGCAAUGCUAUUCCAAUAGCUCUCCCGCUCCGCACGAGAGCCACUGACCCAAGAGGAAAGGGUGGUGCCGCGCAGUGGCAUAGUCCAUGCGCGUUCACGCGUUUUAUCUCGAGUCGGCACAGCGGACAAGAACCGAGCGGAGCAGGUGUGCGCUUUCAGUCUGGAUUCAGACCUCCUCUCUCUCUCUCGUCUCUGACUUUGAUGGACUUACAUGCGGCGCGUUAGUGUGUAACUGCGGUGGAUGACUCCAUAUGCGUGUUUAUUACUCAGGGUGAAAGUGUCCUUUUUCAGAACACAGAUCAGUGGAGAUCAUCAUCAUGAAUACAGAUAGCGGAGGACGUGCUCAUAAAAGAGCAUCCCUGUCGCUCACUCUCUGGCCUGUGAAGAGGGUCCAGAGCUCACCCAACCUGUACGCUGCUGCAGGUAGUGAUUCUCAGUCGUCAGAUUCAGAUGCCUGUCGUUCACGCAGUGUGUCUGAGGGGUUGAGGAAUGGAGAUGCCAGCAGCUCGUCCUUGACUGCUAAAGGCUUCCGCAGCGUUAGACCGAACCUACAGGAUAAGAAAUCUCCUACACCGGUCCCCUUGCCGCCCCCUCGGAGAGAGAGCUAUCACAUGACCCCUAACCCCCCAUCUUACAGUUCCCUCGCAAUACUGUCAGACACCUUCCUCUCUCCCCCACAGAAUGAUGAUGCCAUUUCCACAGGCUCUUACACUAUCCAGUCUAGCGCCACCUCCUCAUACUCAUACUCUAAGACCACCCGAACCUCCACGAGCACCUCUGAAGCCCCCCUUGAGGAGCCCCCCUCGCCCCAACAGGCUAAUGCUAACAGUUUUAUCACUCGGGUUCUUGGGAGCAAAUUGUCUUCUUCGAAAUUCACAACUGACCAUCUAAAUGCAACACCUAACAAGAUGAAUAUGAUUAAAACUGACCCUAAGUCUAAAACUAAGCUGAAAGGAAUGUCCGCUCCCCCACCUCAAGACCCCACUGCCACUUCUGAAACACAUGUAGCCUCUCUCUCCAUCCAGUUAGCUCCCCGCAGUCCAGAACCCCAAGCAGUGACCCAAUCAUGGCUUGAGACUGAAUCCAGGACAAAUGCAUUGGACCCCGCUGACCCCACGCGAGCCCCUGUCGUACCACCAAGACCAGCCGGCAAUUUGGUGCGUGAGUUUUCCCCUGUAAGAGGGGGCACUGGAACGCUCUCUUCUGGACCCUCCUCCCCAGACCCAUCAGCUCGUCGAUCACCAUAUAGCCGGGCGAGUCAGGAUUCCCCCGACUUCCUGUCGGGGCUAUUGCCCAAAGUCCUCUCGCCAACACCCUACGCCCCUUUGGAACAUUCGGGGCUAAUAAUGGCCUCACCUGCUGCGUCACCGGUAACCGUGUCUGCGCUGAGUCAUUAUUCAUCAUCCACAGCCGGGCUGGAGGAGCUGCAGAUCUGCGGCAUGGACUCCUCCGCCACGGCCACGCCCACCCCAUCCCCCACACUCAGCCACGCCUCCAAUGCCCCUGACGAGCUUCCUACCGCCCCGUCAGCUGCCACAGGCACUAACGGUCAGAUGGCAGUGAAUGGAAGCUCUCAGUCUCAGAGGCCCUUCUCUCCACCUGUGUACCCCCCUCCACCCCCAACCCUCAGUCCAGGCCUGGUAAAGAUCCAGCAGGGUCGUAGUUCAGAGGGUUCAGAGACGGUCAAGAGAGAGACUGUUGUCUCUGGUCAGACAGUGGUCAGUAGCUCUGUGCCCAUCGCUCGUUUCUCGGAGGAAGAGAAGAAGGUGUCUGUCAUAAAAGCUCCCCAUUACGAAGGUAUUGGACCAGUGGAUGAGUCAGGCAUUCCCAUCGCCAUCCGUACGACUGUGGACAGACCCAAGGACUGGUACAAGACCAUGUUCAAACAGAUCCACAUGGUUCAUAAAGCAGAUGAUGACUAUGCAGACACAUAUAAUGCAACAUAUGCUGUUAUAAACAACGACAACUACCCUCCUGUCCAUGCCCAUCCACCCCCUCGAACACACACGUACCGGCCUCUCUCUAGAAAUACCUCAGACUCGCCAGACGGUGCCGCCCAUCGGGAACUCUCACAGUCACCUGUGCCCCCGCCACCCCCUCCAAUGCCGUCUCUCCUUCAGCUCCGCUCACGGGACAUGGACAGAGAGAAAGAGUUCUCACACGACCCAAAUGAGUGGGGUCCUCCAGAUCGUAAAGUGGACACACGUAAAUACCGGGCAGAACCACGGAGCAUCUUUGAGUAUGAGCCUGGAAAAUCCUCCAUCCUCGAGCAAGAAAGACCUACGUUUGAUUUAAACCCAGAUGACAUAGAUUUAGAGAACGAGCCUUGGUUUAAAUUCUUUUCCGAGUUGGAGUUUGGACGGCCGCCUCCUAAAAAGAGGUUGGAUUAUAAUCCUGACUACUCCACACAUGCUGUGGCACAGUCAUCCCUCUAUCUCUCGCCUUCUGAACGGCCUGAUGGGCCUUCAAGUUCUGCAAGUGACUAUAGGAAAAGGCGAAAGUCAGAACCAUCUGUCACUCAAGCCAACACAGAAAGUGACCAGAAUGCCAGUCAAGUAUCUUCCCGACCUCUGGAUUCCCAGAAAGCACAGACAUUGAAGAAACCCACCAUACGUUCCUCCCCCUCCUCACCAUCCAGAGCCAAAGCUGGAGACGCUAGUGAGUCACUCUCUUCCUGUAUGAGCUCUCCAGGUAUGGAGCGUCCUUCCUCUCAUCUCUCCUCAGACUCCCUCACUAUCUCCACGCCAACCUGGCGUGGCUCCAAGCGCUCCAUCUGCUUCAAGAAUGGUUGGCAGACAGGCCGACAUGAAACUACAGAGACUUGGAGUAGCGUUGACGAUGAAUCGGCCUUGACCCCUUCAUCACCACGGCUCAAAUCACGCAGCUGUGAUGACUUGUUGUCGGAUGGACAUGCUGCUAGUAAUGACGGGAGAGCAUCCACUUCUGUGACUACCACUCGCUCUGAAAGUGCAGGUUCAUUGCUCGAUGAAGACGCUCCACAGAAGCCUCAAGUAAAAAGUCUUACCUCAUCUCCCAGGGGGCGCCGACAUCACCGGCGUAAGAUGGCACAUGAUGCUCCAGGUUUCCUUCAGCUCUACAAGAAGAUGCACCACAUAGACCGUGAGCAACUGUUGCCCUCAGAGGUGAUUCGUUCUGUACGUGCACGAAUCCUCGAGUUGGAACGGCUACAGCAACAACAGAGGCACAACCUCCACGGUUGGGCACCUUUCGGUCAUGAGGUGCCACAACACAUGGUCCCAAACCGUAUAUCGGAAUAUGAACAGCUCAUCCAGAAAUCAAAGUCCAUGCCAGACCUUGGUGACGAAAAUGCCCCUUCGGGCACCACCACACCAGGGUCCUCAAGGGCCAGCAGCUGUCCCAAACGACGCUUUUCUGUUGAAUCACUUUUGGAGGAGGAAGAUCCUCCAGAAAGGGCUCGAAGUCCCCCUGAGGGACAGCCAAGACCGGGACCAGACAGCAAUAGUCUGGUGCCAAUUCAUGCGAAGAACCAGAGGCAGCAUCAAGACUACUCGGACAGUGAACAGGACGCCUGUGCCUCAGAAUUGAGCGACAUCCACAUAGAAGGGUCUUCAUUGUGUAGCGAGAGCGACCUGGAUCAUUGCUCGCUCACCUCAUCGGAGAGCUUCUACGGUUCUGGGCAACAUCACCAUCAUGGACACCAUCACCAUGGACACCAUCACCACCGCCACCAUCACCUGCACCAGAGUGUGGGUCAGAGUCAAGGUUACCAACACCGCCACCUCAUCAGCUCCUGUAAGGGCCGCUGUCCGGCGUCCUAUACACGUUUCACCACCAUGCUAAAACACGAACGACAACAGGAAAGGGCUCGGCAGGAAUCCCACCCUGCUGUUACAUCUCCACUAGCCCAACAGUCACCAAGUGAGUCAGGCCUUUCCAAACUGGCCUUCCUGGUCAGCCCUGUGCCUUUCCGCCGGAAACGAGGCUCCCCGCCGACCCAACGACGACAUUGCAGAAGUGGACGGCCGAAAUCCAAAACCGCAAUUUAUGAGGCUUUAGAUGCUGCUUUGCAGGACAUUUAUGACCACAUAAGGGCGGAAAAGGGGCAAGGACCAGCAAGGAUGCCAGAUGAUAGCAUAUUACGGCGGUUAUUGGAGGAGUUGCUACCAGACGUGCCCAAGCGUAGCUCCUCCUUGCGGGCUCAAAGAGGGUCCGGCUCCCCCUCCUUGCCGCACGUCCACCAGCCUUACCAUGGAGCCCACCAAUGUGCCUCCUACCAGCAGCAACACCAUGCAGACGCCUCCAACAACAACCAGCAUAAUGUUAAUGCUAAUGUGCACUGCUACUCAGAUCAGGGCUCUGAUACAGGACGUCUCACACCACAAAGCAGAAGACCUACUCCAGAAAGAGAGAAACAGUCUGCCAGGGCUAUUUAUGAUUUUAAAGCUCAGUCUGCCAAGGAACUUUCCUUUAAGAAAGGUGAUCCAAUCAACAUCAUCAGACAGAUAGACAGUAACUGGUAUGAGGGGGAACAUAGAGGACGGAUUGGGAUUUUCCCCAUCUCUUACGUUGAGAAGGUGGCAUCUCCGGAGCGGAGACAGCCUGUCAGGCCUCCUCCUCCAGCUCAGGUUCGAGAGAUGGGAGAGGCCAUAGCACGAUACAACUUCAAUGCGGACACUAACGUAGAGCUUUCUCUUAGAAAGGGGGAGCGAGUGAUCCUCCUAAGGAAGGUGGAUCAGAAUUGGUAUGAAGGAAAGAUUCCUGGCUCAAACAAGCAGGGCAUUUUCCCUGUGUCCUAUGUCGAUGUGAUCAAAGGCUCUCCUUCCAAGAGCCCCAGUCACCAAGGAGACACGCACACAUAUAGGGCACAGAAGCACGAUUCAGACUCCCAUUUCCAAUGGCUUGAUUCUGCCACUAGGACACACCUUCAAACGGUCACUAGCGAAUGGCUGUCCCUCACAUUGGGUGUGUCCACCACUUACCCAUCUUUCUGUGGCAGUCCAGUGCCACCCACCCCUCCUCCCUUACCCAGAAACCUACACUACAUAGACAUCCAAUCCCCUGCUCCACUUGUGCAAAGGGUUACCCCACCACAAAACCUUUCCUCCCCUUUUUUCAGCCAUGGACCAGUCACUUCAGUGUCCUCAAAUGUUUCCCAUGAACUUCUCUACAGAGAUAAACUGACAGAAAUAGAUUUAAAAGAAUCUUUACCCAUGAAAUGGAUCACAGACCAAAAUCAACAGCUAUUAAGUAUGAAACAAAAGGAGCAUGAUGGUAAAAAGCUCUUAGUAGAUAUGUAUGUAAAGCAGCAAAGCUUGAAACAAAACUAUAACCCAUCUAGGAUAAUAAGUGAACCUGAUCCAUAUGGUGAGCUUAUGUCGAUGUUUCUGAAAAAACAACUCCAAAAUGAACUUGAAUGCAGACUGGCCAGUCGAUCAAAAAACAUAGCUAUUCAAGAUGUAUUACCUGAUAGGUCACUGUCCAUCAGUUCAUGCCACAAAUCAGAAAAUAAACUGGAUAAGCAUCAUGAUAUCUACGAGAAAAAGGCUGAGGAGCUGCUGUCAGUCAUUUUGAAUGAGAAAACAGAGCUUUACAGUCCAGUAUCUACAAUAAAAUGGGAGGAGCUUCCGGAGUUGUACAUAAAGGAAGAGGAUGAUGAAGUGAUCAACAGAUCAGCCUUGGAGGCUGUUUCAAGAAAAGAGGCUGACUCCUCCUCCAUCAAUCCAUCUCUCCCCUUCUCCUCCUCACUCACCCCUGAUUCCUCCCUUACUCUGUCUUCCACUAGCUUUUCUCCUCCACACACUGAAUCAUCUGCCUCUGCUGUUCACUGUUCUAUGCCGUCUUCUUCCAAACCUUCUCCAUGUUCUCUUGCUUCACCUCUUCCUUUGGUGCCCUAUUCCUCCUCUAUCCCCCAAACCUCAGUUGUUUCUUCCCCUUCAGACUCUCCUCUCCCUCCAUUAUCUCUCUCCACUCCUUCACCUCCUCUGUCUCCUCCAAACUCCCCAAUCCCUCUUCCUCCUCCUCCUUCAUCGACUCUCAAUAUUUCUCCUUCUUCCGCCUCUUCUUUGCCUUCUAAUUAUCAAUACAUUUCAUCUCCUUCUCCUCCUGCCUCAUUUCCACAACCCCUUCUUUCUUCUGUUGUUCCUCAGCUAUCUUCUCCUACUUCCACUCCUGUUAUCUCAAAUAUCCCCUCCUCCCACUCUCCUUCUCCUCCAUCCUCUCCUCAUAUCUCACCAAUCCCGCCAUCUCCUCCUUCGUCUCCUAUUCCUUCUUUCCAUCCGCCUCUUUAUUCUUCCUGCCAGCCUCUUCUGCCAACUAUUCCAGCCUCCCCACCCUCCUCUCCCUCUCCUCCUCCAUCUUCUUCAGACCGCAUCCCAUCUUCUGAAAUUCCACCUUCUCCUCCCAGAUCUCCUACACUCCUUUCCUCUCCUCCUCCCUCCUCUGUACCUGCAGUCUCCACUCAGCCCUCACCAUCCAUCCCCCCAUCCUCUACCUCUAUUUCUCCUCUCUCCCCACGUUCACAGCCUCGGUCUCCUAAGAUUAAGACAGUUUAUAGGCAGGAAGUGGUGGUUGAGGGCAAGCCACCACGUAGCCCCAUUUCCACCAGGCGGCGCUGUUUAUCUCCCUGUUUAUCACCCAGUAAAGCACGAAGGAAAAUGAUGCAGGAUUCCCAGCAUGCAGGUGGUGACCCCUUCCAAGCUGUCUACAACUAUGUGCCUCGUAAUGAGGAUGAGCUGGAGCUUAAGGAGGGGGACGUUGUUGAUGUCAUAGAGAAAUGUGACGAUGGCUGGUUUGUGGGUACGUCUCGUAGAACCAGGUUAUUUGGAACGUUCCCAGGAAACUAUGUUAAACCGCUUUAACAAAGAGGAAACAAUGGCACAAAUACGGCCACUCCAGUGCCUACUGUGUAGGGCCAAUGAGGCACCUCACCUUUGAGAAAGUGUGCGUGUCUUUAUGUGUGAGUGUGUUCACAAACACAACAUUUUUAGCUCUGCCAUUUCUGCACAGACAAACCACUGAAGUUAAUUUCACUUUGAGCACUUUUUUGUGCCAUCACACAGUCUCCUCACUGUACCUUCAUCUGCUAUUCUGACAACAGCACAUUCAUGCACAUGUUUUUCCUGUUAUUUUGACAUUUUGUUAUUUUCCAGGAUGCGGUAGCUCAGAGUUAGUACGGUGAGGAUUCAGGUAGCAAGGUAAUAAGUGAGGUCAGUAGAACAGUAUAAACGGUACUGAGGAAAAACCUCAGGCAUCAGUGUUGAACUGAGUGCGUGUGUAUGUCUGUGUGUAGUGUAAUAAACAGUGCACGGUUAAUAGCAAUAUAGAGACCACUGGUUAUAGAUGAGGAUGUAUAGUUUCAUUAAAAGGAGCUACAGUACAUGUGGUAUCAUGGACAAUUAUGAAAUUGCUCAUUCCCCUUGUGUGGCCAAAAUAAUGAAGUGAUAGAAACAGAUGUGUUUUAACCAUUAAUUGUAUAGGUAACAAUACUUUUUGCCAUACAAAAUUACAAAAUAACUGUCAUGGAGCAAUUUUGCUAUUGUAUAAGUGGCAAUCAUUCAUAUAGGAUAAUGUUUGUAUAAUUAUCAGUGCAUUGUGGGUAUUUGUAUAAAUUGUCUUUAAAAAGAAAGCGCAUUGACAUUCUGGAAAGGAAAGAUGCUUUUAUGGAAUUUGGUAACAAAUAUUUGAUUAAUGAACUUGUUUUCUAAUGUUUACUUGAGAAUUUUAUGAAUGGACUGAGUUUUAGAAUUGUAAACCAGGUGUCAGUGAACCACUUGACUUUGAUACAGUAAAAACAAAAAAAAAACAUGUAAAUCAAGGUUAAAUCAUUGCUCGUUUUAGUAAUGAAUGGCAACAAUUUUACAAUAACAGUGUGAGCCUGUUAUAAUGUUUAAUUUUUUUUUUAUUUGUUAACCUAAAUUAACUAAUUUAUCUAAAAGGUAAUUUCUCAAUUUUCCAAUUUUUACUUUUUUGAAAGUUUGAUCUCUAGUAUAAAACUUCAGUAAUGUAAUUUAUCUGCCACAUUUCUCAUGAGAUUCACUCAUAUAGAGACUGCAUCAAAUAAUGCAAUAGAGAGAGUUGUUGGUCUUUGAUGAAUGUUGUAGUUUGUAUGCUUGUCUGACGUUUAAAAGUUCACGUUUCAGUUUUGAAGGAUUUGUAUAUCAGUAUUUUCUGCACUAAGUGUAUCACUUGAGUUCUCAUCUGAAAACAUAGCUUGUGUUGCAUCGGCUUUUACAAGUACGUAUAUUCAGUAUAUGGAAAAGUGUGUCUAUGAAUUUCACAGACAGCAGAGCAAUCUUAAAGCACCUUAAACAUUUAUUAGUUCAAUUAUUUUUGUUUUCUUUGAAGUUGAAGUGUGUAAGAAUGUUAAUAAUGAAGUAUUGUUUCCUCGCAUAACGUAAUAUGCUGGGACUACUAUAAGGAAAGUGUGAACACUGUGGCUCUUUGUUGAUUUGAGCACAACCAAUAGUUUGAGUUUGGGGUGGGGUUUUCUGUUUGGCUGUCCAGUGGCAGAUGGAAAGGGUUUUGGAAACCUGUUUGAAAACAUUUGCAAUUACACUUGUUGGUGCAGAAAUUACACACUUUAGCUUUAACUAUAUUUUAAUCACACUGUUUGCAUUUUCCAGCCUCACAGCUGUGUUUGCUGAUACUUUAUAUGUCAUUUUGUAUUGUACUGUACAUGAGUUUCACUUCCAUUAUAAAGCCCUUCCUUUCUCACUUUUGGUUUCUUUCAUCUGUUUUUUAGUCCUUUUUACUUCAUCCCAUGUGCCAAAUUUAUUCUACACACCCAACUUCUUUGGUGCAAAAAAAUAAAAAUAAAGAAAAUGUAUGCAAAAAAGAAAUAAGCAAAGAACAUUUUUGGGACUAAUAAAGGACUUUCUUCAGCACAGGAUGGAUACUGAUGCACACUGUAGUCAAACUGCAGUCACUGUUUGCCUUUGCUACAGCCACAAACUACUCUCCUCUACUAAAGUCAGUGGAUUUUUUGGAGGAUAUUUUUUGCCUUUUUCUUUAUAGGCAUAUAGUGUUAGUGUUAACACUAUAUAACAUAUAGUGUUAUUUGAUGUGUGUGUGCUUGAUGAACUGGUGAGCUCGAGGGGAUCUUUAACCUGCUCACAUUCAAAUAAAGCUUUCUCUCUCCCUUUCUUUCUUUCUUUCUUUCUUUCUUUCUCUAUCUCUCUCCUCUGUCUCUGCUUUUUUUGUUCUGUAUCCAAUAAAUUUCUGCUCAGUUAUUUGAGCUUCUAUGUUUA